UCGCCGCCGAAGUCCGGAAUAAACCAUUGGCAACUGUUGGGGAAUUUAUACUUGUGCAGUGCGCAUGAUAUAAGCGUUCUUCAAGAUGGAACAAAAGUCUUCUAACAAAGAUAAAUGAAUGAGUCCAUGAAACCAUCGUUCAUCAGGACGUUGAAAAUCCAGUGAGACAAGUGGUUAGUGCCCGGGAUGGAGAUUUUACUUAUAAUGAGCUCGAUCUGCUUUCUUCCAACCUCGCCUACCACUUUGCUUAUCUCGCCGUUGGCUCUGACACAUUUGUGGUCAUAUGCCACCACGCUAGGGAUUAUCAAGGCUGCUUACACAUAUAUUCUCCUUGAACUGUCAUUCCCGCUUUCAAGAAUGCAAGAUACGUGCGACAAGAUAUUCUGGCAAGUCCAAAUUCACUCCAGACAGUGGAGACGCUGGCAAAGAAAGUCAUUCUGGUAUCAGAAACCACCUAGGACGUACAUGAUGAUCCCUGGGACCAGGCCCAGCUUGUCUUAGACCCACAACUAUGACGAUACACGUCGUGUCGGUGGACU